GAGCGGCGGGCCCGGCCGGGUCCGAGCGAGCCGGACAUGGAGGAGGAGCAGAGCUUCUCGGAUAUCUGCGGCGGCCGCCUGGCCCUGCAGCGCCGCUACUACUCCCCAUCCUGCCGGGAGUUCUGCGUCAGCUCCCCUCGGCUCUCGUUGCGCUCACUCACCGUUGUCACCUGCACCGUGUGGCUAGUGGCCUACGGACUCUUCACCCUGUGUGAGAACAGCAUGAUCCUCUCUGCUGCCAUCUUCGUCACCCUCUUAGGCCUGCUUGGUUACCUCCAUUUUGUGAAGAUUGAUCAGGAGACUCUAUUAAUCAUUGAUUCCCUUGGCAUCCAGAUGACUUCAUCCUAUGCCUCUGGCAAAGAAAGUACCACCUUCAUUGAGAUGGGCAAGGUGAAGGAUGUUAUUAUUAAUGAGGCUAUUUACAUGCAGAAGGUGAUUUACUACCUCUGCAUUUUAUUGAAGGAUCCGGUGGAACCAAAUGAAAUAUCCCAAGUAGUACCUGUCUUCCAGAAUGCCAAGCCCCGGCUGGACUGCUUGAUUGAAGUGUACAGGAGCUGCCAGGAGAUCCUGGCACAUCAGAAAGCCACAUCCACAAGCCCAUGAGUCCCAGCAUUCACAAGGCUAGUAUUGUCCUCCAUGGGAAAUGACUCCAAAGCCUUAGGGGCUGGUGUGUUGUCUGUAUUCUAAACCAUCAGGUGGACACAGUCCUAGAAACCUGGAUGGAUGCAAUGGAUCUCAGAGCCAUAGAGCAGGUGACUGGAAAUCCAGCUUAUUGUAUGAUGUGAGCCAAGUAUUUCUGUGUAUUUCAGAGCUCCCCUUGUAAGGUUUUGCCUACUUUACCAACUGAGGGGAGACCUUAAGAAAUGCUAUGUCGAAAGUUAUGUCAACAAAGAACACUCUGUGAAAUUCCUAAGCACAUUCAAGUUUACUUUUUGUUGAAAUUUGUGGAGCAAGACAAUGGGAAAACAUCAGAUCUCGAGAAAGACGAUUUCCAACUGCAUAGUACUCCUGUAUAAAAGUUAAGAAAAAAAGUCAUGCCCUUCUGGUACUGGUUAGCAGGAAGAAAUUUCCUAUAAAAGACACUCUGUCCACCUAGCUCCCGUGUCUGUAUAGGGCUAAUUUAUGAUGACUCUCUUAAUAAAUCUCCUUCACGAUAAAAACAUACACGAUAAUUGCCUGGUUCACAGAGAGAUGCUUUUUAUUGACAAACAUGAAUGUGGCUUUUCAGUCAUGGGUGUGAAGCACAUUAAUACUUUUCUAUUAUUCAGCAUUGUCUAUGGUUUCAAAACCUUCUUUUGCCAAGAGGGAUGAGACAAAAGGCCAGACAGAAAUUUGACUUGGGUUUCCAGACAUGUUAAAGAAGGAUAAACACACAAACUAUUGGAGCCUUUGUUUAUAAGGCAGUUUCUUCUGUAGAAAAUUCACAAACUAAGGGAGGAUUCCUGAAGUGUUGGGAAGGGGACAGGGUGGGGGCAAUAGCUUGAACCCCCAAAUUCUGUAUGAUCACAGCUCCAUUCUUGCCUACUUUUUCUUUGGGAUCCUAGUUUUUUUUAAACUCCCAGGCAGAUGUUAUUGUCCUCAUUGGCCUUUGAGACAGGAAGAUAUUACAAAACCAGAGUUGUAAUUUCUGCCUUUUACACCAGCCCUGGAGAGGGGUUCUUCAGGAGCCUGUGGUACAUGUGACGUAUUGACUUGUUCGAGGUAGAAAUGUCCCAGCUAGAUCCCAGAACCUGGGGGAAAGGCAGG